CAGCACCCCUCAAACGCAACUGACUAUCUGGAGGUGAGCAACUGUCUGUUGCUCAGCAGCACUACUGUGGAGGCUGUGGCUACUGAACUCACCUUAGGACCAGGAUAGCCAAGGGACGCAAUCAGACCACAGAUGAAUUGUUGCGGGAAGGGGAUUGUGGGGUUGGGGAAGGGGAUUGGCAGAAUGGUUGGGAUGGGGUGGGUGUGCUCUCAGCAAACCACCCCUUUCCUGAUGCUGGGCCCUUCCAUCAGGGACUGUGCCUGAUCAUGAAAAUUACCCUUCCCACAGCUUUCCAAUGGCAGGUCCUCUGCCUACUCCUGAGUGAAUACCAGCAGUGGUGGGAUGAAACCUUUAAGUGGACAAGAGUUCCCAUUUAAGGGUCUCAUUUGAUUACAAGGCAGGGAGGCCAUCCAUGAAGUUUCAGGGCACAGACUUAAUCUAGGCAGGAACAGCAUGGGAAAGGGUGUUCCUGUCCUCCCUUCUGAUUAAAUGCUCCUCAGAUGGCGGACAUUAAAUUUCAUCCACAAAAUCAUCACAGGCUAUUCAGCCCAUCGAAUCUGUGCUGGUUAUUAUUCAGAUAAUUGCCUAUUCUGUCCGAAAUCUGUAAACGAGAGUCUGGGAUUUGUGAAGACCUCUCUGUGUAUGGGAUUGACAGUAGAGCAGACAGACCGUAAUGCCCUUCGAGCCUGUUCAGGUAUUCAAAGAAACUGAUUGGCCUGGCUGUGAUCUCAACUCCACUUUAUUGUCUGUACCCUUCUUCCCUAGUAACUCUGGAAUAUGACUCACAGUGUGGGCAGUGAGAGUCGGCGGAGGGGGGAGAUGAGUGUUAUUAUAUGUGAUGCUGUGAGGUUAGAGUCAUGGUGAGAUUCUGAGGGAGUGCACAUUUGCUCCGUCGGGGGCCAGUGAGGUGGAAAGGAGGGGGCAAUUGUGACAGGAUCCUUUGGAACCCGCACUUGAAGGUAAACACAAUGUGUCACAAUGUAACCACAGAAAGGCGACACUAGCGUCACUGGAUACAUUGUAGCGACAGAGAGCAAUAAAUACGUUGUUGCAACACUGUGGUGAUUGAUGUAUUGUAGCCGAAGCCAUUUAGCUUCUCUAAGUUCUCAAAAAGAGAAAUUCCUUGGAAAGUUUCCCUCAAAAACGAAAAAGUAUCAUCCUCGGGACUUGGUGCUGCAGUUUCACUGAAUGCUGAGGCCUUGCCAAUGUGAAAGAUUGAGAUCAGCAGGGUUCACAGAUUGUUCAGGAAGUGCUGCCACGCUCCUCCUUUUUCGCGAUCAUGUUCAAUGGCGCACCAAGCUUUCUGUUUCUGUAUAUCCUUCCUGAUGUAGUACUUCCGCCUGGAUGCAAGAAGCUGCACGUUAUUCGCCGUCGACGGCGCCGAAGUUUCUGCAGUGAUUUGUUCAGUUUAAAUUGACUGACGGUGUAAUUUUCUUCAGGUUUGGCUGCGCCUGAGCUGCGAUCUCCCUUGUCCCCCACCCCCGGGGAAAUGUCAGCUUUGUCCUGAUCGAGGACAUCUCGCUCCUUUCUCCGAUGCCGAUUCUCCUCACGUGGAGUUUUUCAUUUUCUUGUACGUUGAGAAGCAACAAGACAGACUUGCUCUCCCGGCCUGCGAGGGGACGCGUGAGAUGAUGCCCUCUCCUCCUGGUCGCUCGCUGAGUUGUCAGGAACCGUGUCCCUCAGCUCGAGUCGGCUCUCCUCCAGCAGAAACCUUUCGUACUGUGUCCCCCACCUCCAGCCAGUUCAGACAGGAAACCUUUCCAAUCUUGCAGCAGGCAUACUUGGAUUCAUCAUCAGGGAAUUACUUUCAGUACAACCAAGUGACACUAGUGAAUAAUGCACAACUUCUAGAUCAGUACAAUGCUUGUCGGUUGGAUCUAGAGGUGAAAGGUUAUAACCAGGGUGAACUUGCUGAGUCCUUCGCUUUCUUACUGUUCGAAACAGAAGAUCAGGCAAAAGCUGUCUGUGAAGAAGGAUUGAAGGUUGGGAGCAGUGACAUUACAACACUAGGAGAUCCACUGAAGGGAGUUUAUCUUUGUAAAUAUUCAGACUUCCUUCAUCCCAAGCCAUGGUACCAUGGAAAGUGUGGCUUUAUUGUAAUUUUUAAAAUAGUUAAGGGUAGAGUAAAGUCUAUGAUUGAAAAUUACACAGCGGAUUUGACUGAACCAUCUGUUGGUUACAACUGCCAUGUUUCUAUAAACAGUGAUACGGUUUCUUCCAUAACAAGCCAUUUUCAAGCUUUUGAGCUUACCCAGUAUUAUUUGUAUGAGUUUGGACACUGUGAUGUUCUCCAGCGCCCUCGACAGAUUUAUCCUUACGCUAUUGUAGCAUUUCAGUACUCUGACAGCAAGUACAUCAUGGCAGACUCAGCAAAGACUGAGUUACUUAUUCCUGAAAUUCAAGUGGAGUACUAUCCUUGGAAAGGACAACUCGCCAUCAAAGGCAAAGUGAUCAGUGUAGCUCUGAAAUCAAAUGGCAGUCCAUUGAUGCCGGUCGUUUUACCAACUAAGCUUGAAAUUGAGUACGUGAUGAGCAUUGGUGAACUGAAAAGCAAACUGCCACAGGGAGUUUUUGAAAGAGAAAAAUACAAAUUUAAAGAAGUUUGUUUGGAAGGUUUUUAUUGCAGUUGGUAUGAACUGGUGGUGGCAGACACAGAGGGAGGAGAAGCUCUUUGGCUGGAUCCUUUGAUAAAUGAAUUGGAGGAAAAGAAACUGGCAGUUGUAAAGCGUUUAAACGAUCAGGGGCUACUCUUACUGUUCAGCGAGUCUGUUUCCAAUCCUACCAGUGGAGGCAGCCAGGCUACUCACGAUACGUUACAAGCUUUGUUCAUUUUCAAAACACCCAGAAUUUCUCAUCUCAAAGAAACGAAUCAGGUGAUGCGCACACUUGUCCAGAAUAGGAUUACUCCGUUGCUUCCUGGUUAUAUGUAUGCUGUGACAACAGGUCUGACAUCCACUGAUACUCCAUCAAUUCCGCGGAACAAAGUGGUUGAGGAUCAACUUGUGGAGUAUUUCAAAACAACUUCAAAGCGGUCCAAACGAAGAGGUGUUGCCACAGGCCAUCAUUCUCCAGUUUCUGUGGGGACAGGGCCAAAGAAAGGAGAGCUGCCAAUUCCUGGAGACUCCUGGGGAACCAGAAUUUCCCAACUCUCUCCUUACUUUGCCAACCCCGCAAACUACCUACUACCCGUAUCAAGAGUCCUGAAACUUAAGGGGAAUGCCCUCAAGCUGUGCCAAAACUCUGGUGCCAAGCCAAAGGUCUUGUGCCAGUCUAGUGCCUCAGAGCCACAGCCCCCUAAUGCUGGGUCCCUGCGGGUAACGAGGGUGGCAAGAUCCAAAAAGGUUCAAGGGAAACAUGCCCUGCCUGUGGGCUUGCCAGUGCCAACGGUGCCUUCUCAGUCUGGGAUUACAGUAAAGGCCACAUCACAGAACCAAGCAAAUGGUCAACCAGGCAAGACUGUGGGAAGAGGUAACUCGGUCAGCAAGCCAAUUGCAGGGAGCAAAGUCUCUAACAGAGCAAAAAGGAAGGCAGCUAAACCUUUACAGGUCCUCACAAGCACCGACUGCACAGUCAGCAACAACGCAGCCAGCGUCCCUUCGGCAAGUCCGGGAUAUUCCACACGAUCCGUUCGCAAUAAUAAAAGAUCGCGGGCACAGUCGGCCAAAGGCUUAUCCACGGAAUCACCCGCCCCACCUGAGGUGAACACAAAGAGACCAAAGACUGCUGCAGCACCCCCUCAAACCUCUGCAACAGGCAGAGCAGACAGCAACUGUGUGGACACAGGGACGACUGUGCUGGAUAAGGUGCCCAGCCAAUACACUGAAACUGUUUGUGUUACAGGAAUAAACACGCAGCAGGUUUCGAGGUACGGUGUCUGUACCUGGAACAUUGUUGGAAACGUCUCUGAUAAUGAGCCUGCUUCCCUUCAGCCGUUGUCCCUGUGUGCUGGUUUAGGUUUGUUACAGGAGAAGAAAGCGCUAGAGGUGAAUAGACAGCCAUCCCAGGAGGGUGUCGACAACAAAGUGGGGCAGACGGACGCACUAAAUAUUCUCGCUGACCUUGCAAUUAAUUCUGCUAUCGCGACAGUAGCAACACCGAAGCAGCACUGCACUUUGACUUUACAUCAGGCAUCUGGGACUUGCGCCACCACUGAGAGCUCACCUGUUGGGAGCGGUGAGCAAUUAAACCAUUGUUCCAAUUUGCUUGACAACCACAGUGAUGGUUUGCCAUAUACAGAACUAAGGGCACAGAACAUCAUGUCAUGGGCAACAGAAAGCCACCAUGAAGGCGGGGGAGAAUUCUCUGAAAGUUGGGUGGCCCCGUCUUCUGCAUCAUCGAGUCUAGAAGGUCCUCCUUUUGCAGCCCCAGCUAGCUCUAAGCUCGAAACCUCGAAGGUGCCGAAGUCUCAGUCUCGAGUUGCUAAAGAGUCUGCUCACCGAUCCUCGGCCACUCCCCGCAGUUCUCACCCCUUGGGAGAUCAUUCGUAUUCUCGGCCACCGAGGGAUAGAGAGCCUGUGUGUUCAGCUGUUGCUAACCCUGUGUCAUCCGAGAGUGAGUCUGGGGUGUGUCAGUCUAUAUCAAAGCAUGGACAGAACGAGAGUAGAGACUCAGCUGUGUCGGUUACGAGUCAUAUUUCACAGUCACCGACUGACCUUGGCUCUAAGGAUGAAGAAAGAACAUUAGUUGGGAGAGUGCUACCCUUCAGACGUGAAGACUCAUGUUGGACGAAUGAUACAAAUACUGUGUCAGCUCCACUGAAAAGCAAUGGUGCGUUGGGAAGGAGUGACCAGGUCACUGACUGUACUAUUGCUGAUUCAUCACAGAGCAGGUUCGAUGAAGAUUUCCAAUGCUCUCGCUAUGUACAUGAGGAAAAAGACACUGUGAAGGUGACAUUUGAAUGGAAAGGACCAUAUUUGUACCAGUGGGACAGCAAAUAUACAAAUGAUUCACUGGAGAAAUCUGUGAAUCGGGCUUUGCAUGGGCCCUGGGAUCCAACGAUCCAAGAGACCAUGAAGGAAGUGAAGCUUAUUCUUCAUAUGUGGAUCGGGUUGUUUUAUACCAAGUCUAGUGAGAUGCUGCAGACCUCGAUAAGGCAGGUACAGGAACGCUAUGGGACUCUGGAACCUGCUGCAGGAGAUCUGCACACAGAACUGACUGCUGUGGGACAGCCUGCUUUCAGUGAAAGUGGUUCUGAAUCAGCCACUUCAGAAAUGCAGCAGACGGCAGAAGUAAUCAUCUCGUCCGUGAUUAAGAGGAUUGAGAAGAAAUCAAAUCUCGUCACUUCUUGUGAUGGUGAAACACUGCCUUGUGCCACUUCGCAACCAGAUGAAGAACAUCCUCUGAGUGAUGAAAGUGCAAGCAGUAAUGAUAACAUACAAAGUCCAGAAGCACUAGGUUGCAGUGGUGGUCUGCAAGACUCAGCACACACCUCUUCUGGACAGGAGUGUGAACAGGAACCCACUAAUAACCUACAUGCUGCUGGGCUGGAACAGGAGAACCAGGAGCUCAAUUUGUCUCUGAAAUUGACUUCAUUAACAGAUGACAGAAACAUGACUGACUUAGUACAAUACAACGAUGUCCAGGAUGCAGUUGAUGGAUCUUUGGCAGAAAGAAACCUGGUGGACUCAAAUCAAACAGACAACAGAGAGGAUGCUUCUGUUAUAAAACAAACUGAUAAUACUCAGCAACAUGGACUGGAUGAUUCUGAAGCAAUGGAGAGUGAGAGUCCUUUGCCACAACCUUCAACAUGUACAGUUUCUGUUGUGGAGAAGCCAAGAAGUGUGGAUAAUGUCGAUAAUCCUGAGCUGGAAAGUACAGAAGUGGAAAUCAUUCGGCAGUCUUCGGUUAUUAAAGAGAUGCUUGAUAUCCAGCUGCCAACAAAGGAACCAGCUCAGAGUACAGAGAGCUUGAACUUGAGGAAUGCAAGUGCUUCACCGAAUUGUGAAAAAGUGGAUAAUCACAGUGAAAAUAGACUUCAGACUGAACAGCUUGAUAACCUUGCUAGUUCGGAGGAUGUUGAAAAUACAACAAGCACAGAAGACUUGGGAGCUAUCAAAGACACAGUUGCAAAUGAAAGAAGCAUGCCACAGGAUACAUUUAAUGGAGUGGACCAUAUUGAUACUGCUUCACAAAGCUCUCCUUUGACAGUUGAUGUACCAAGUCACACUCGCACUCUAAACUCUUCAGAAUCUUGUAAUGUCAUCAUACCCAACAAUAACCAGACUGUGGAUACCAGUCAUCCAAUGCACAACACAUCUGGGCCAUCGGUGAAAGAAAGUGCUUGCUCUUAUGUUGAAAGUUGUGCCAGUGAUAAUUUAUUCCGAGAUGUUGCAGAGACACAGAGGAUGAGAGGUAUUAGAAGGUUGGUGAGUGAUGGAGAGAUUACAAGUGAUUCCGAUCCUGAAUGUCUAGGCAAUGUGAAAUCUCGAUUCCCAAGUGAUGAAUUGAGAAGGCAAUUAAAACCUCAAGUUAUCUUUAAUCAAAACUGUGCAUGCAACCUGAAAGCUCAGCAAAAGCAGGAGUUAGUUUGGUCCAAGGACUUUAUUGCACCUUCUGAAAGGUAUGAUGGCCCUAUAGAAUCUGCUUUUCCUCUCAGAGACUUUUCAGAAGGCUCAGAUAUUAAAAUACCAUCGGUCGCUAGAGAAUUUUCUGGAAGCAAAAAGGUGUCCAGGAUAACUUGCAAUGCCAGCAGCCAGAAGAUCAAAAGGAAAAGAAAUGCACACAGAGAGACAUCUGAUAACGGAGAUUCAGAAGAUGGGGAUUUCACAGUGAACUGGAACAGCCAAAGUGGGCUGCUGCACAUGCGAAAUGUUGAUGUGAAUCAUUCACCAGAAGUUUUAGUGGAGGAGAUGAGUGACAGUGAUGCCCCUGUGCCUCUGACUGUUAAAAUCCCAGAUCUUUUUGGAAGACCGAAAGUCUACCAAAACUUUACUGUCACUGCAGAGACCCGGUGGAAAUCUGACCAGCCAACACGACACAGAUGGAUUACCAGGACCUGCUGUAAUUGGCAAAGGGAGCGUACUGCUACCCACCCUUCGGGAAAGUGUGACUGGAAUGCAAAUCACUAUAGAAACACCAGUUCAAUUGAGAAAAUUCUCAACUUGGAGUAUUUCAAUUUUUCUCGGGAUCUCAAAAGUGUGGUGAACAGAGCAACCGCUGGACCAUUCACAAGCCACUUUUCAUCUUCCAGGGAUGGAAAUAGAACAGCCCUGAGGAACAGAAGUAUCCAAAUGGUUUCCAGUGGGAGACUAAUUGGGAGGAGGAACCCACUGACUGUGACAAUAUCAUGCCGAAAUGUUGACCAAUGCAAUGGGAGGCAGUUGCCCAAUAAAACAUGGACACCUUCUUGGACAAAUGGAGGGGAUGAGACUUUGCAACGAAAAACUGAUGCAUUUUCCAGACCGAAGUGUUACACAAGUUUCAGUCGCAAGAGGCCAUGCAGUCAACCUCAUGUUGUGAUUCGCGAUUCAGUGGAGCAUGCAGAUAGGAUGCCAAGAAAAUCAUGUUGCACCAGGGAGAAAGGGUCACCUUUGGCUGACGAGCUGCUAAAUGCAAAACGGAAGGAAUACAAAGAGCUUCAGGGUGGUGGGAGGAAAAGAACUGAUCCAUUUUUGUGUCUAAUAACUGAGUUAUGCAGUGACUUGCACCAAAACUUAAGCGAAGUUGUAAAAGAAUCCUGGAAGGGCACUUUCAAGUUUUAUGUCUUUGAAACAAAUUCUGAUCCAUUUUUUAAGGAAAUUAAGGAAUGUCUAAAGAAUGAAGGACAUGUGGAGAUUGGACUGCUGGAUCUCUCAGUGAUACAGCCACAUCAUUGUGGCAAAGUUCUUGUUAUUAUUAGAAAUGAAGACAUAUCAGGGCACCUGCACCAGAUUCCGCACUUAGUGGAAUUAAAACAGGUGCCAUGUGUUCAGUUUGCUGGUGUGGAUAACGCAGAAGAUAUAAAAGACCAAACAUUCCAAGAGUUAUUUACCUCUGGAGGUUUUGUUGUUUCUGAUGGGACAGUGCUGAACAACGUAACUCCAGAAUGCUUGCAACAGAUUUCGUCCGUCCUGGAACAGCUGAGUGCUGAGCGUGCCUGGAAGUGGAUGAUUCAUUUCAAAGAACUCAAAAAACUGAAGGAGAUGGCAAGAGAGGACCACACUGCAAAGAGAAAGGUUUCUCUGCUGACUCGGAAGAUUACAGAAAACCUUGUGGAAGUUCUCCCUUUCCACGCAUGUGAUUCCAGGUCCAAGGAGAAGCCUGACUAUCUCAGCUGCCUUGUGAAGCUACAGGUUCAGAAAAUAAGUUCCAGGUUUGCAGUGUUUCUUACAGGGAAACCUGAGAACCGAGAUCUGUUCGCACAAAGUGGAAUCCUCGUUACAGACGUAAACCAUUUUAUUAAAAGUUUGAGAAUGCUAACAACUCCUACACAGGACAGUUUGGCCACAGAAAAUGCUCUUGUGGUGGAAGGAGGUCACUACUCAGAGAUUCACUUGGAGCCAUCUUAUGGGAAAAAUAAAGUCACCCAGAAUUUGCAAAUGCCAUCCACCUUGUUCUGAUUAUGAUCCUAACAUUGUAUGUGCAGUCAGGCAUGGUGGAGGGAUGGAGGGUGGUGUGGCGGGGGGAGGGGGUGGGGGGAGAGGAGGAGGAGGAGGAGGGAAAUGGGGCAAGGAAGAGAAGCCUUCCAAAUCUCCUCAUUCUGCAUUUGGCUUCCAACAAGACAGGGCAAUGAACUUCCAUUCAGCUCACCAGGGCCUGACUAAAGAACCUAUACACAGGAGGAUCAAAGUCCGAGUUUUGCAUUUGGAAGAGAGAUCAACAGAGUGUCCCUGUAUGUUUUCUACCUGUUGUAUUCUCAGUAGUUUUCCUGUGAAUUACAUUUUUCCAUGCAUGCUGCCAUGAAUGAAUUGAUUUGCUGAGUCUCUGAUUUUUGGCAAACAAUUGGCUUAACACUUGCAAUGAAAUUUGGGAAAUCUAAUCGGAUACUCUGACUGACAACAAAUCUCUUCAGUGACCAGGCGAGGAGGCUUCUUAUCCCUCGCUGUUGACUAAUUUCCUUCCACUCCAAACUUAUUAACAUUAUUCAUUGCCCAUGAGGGCAGCGAGGAUGGGGGAGCAAUCAUGCAGUGCCUUCUGAUGCUCAAACUGUCUCGACUAAUUCACCAAUGAUAGUAGGAAGUUCUCGCAGACAGUCACAGAACCCCUUUCUUAGUUAAACAGUAUUUUAGUAGGAUCGGCUGUCAACCCAUCAGGAAUAGAAAGCUCAACAAGUCCAGGUUUUUGCACUUAGUACAUACAAGGAGUCAUGAAAGAACUGAAACUGACUUGUAGUUGGGGAUUCAGGUAGAAUUUGCCGAAACAAUACAGGUAACUUCCAAUUUAUCAGUGUUUAAUAUCCUGGUUCACUGACAUUUUGCAAAAUGGAACCUCAUUUGAGAAAAUUCAUCUAAACCUAAUGGAUAGUAAUCUACCUCUUAUCCAAUAACACUAGGAAACAGCUGAAGUUUUUGCUGUACUUAAUUUUGCAAAAUACACGCUGAUUUGGGGCAGUGUUCACAGUUUUUAAAGUGAUUUAUGAUUGAUUCUUUUUCUUUGGGACUCUGUGUAUCAGACACAAUUUUAUUCAGCUAACAGAUGAACUCCAUGAGUUCAAUUUCCUCCCAUUCACUCCUCCCACUUCAAGUAUGUAACUCAAAUCAACAGACAAACUGAAUGGAAAACAACACAGAAACCUGUUUCGGUUUUUUUUUGAAUGAUAGAAAUACUUGCAAACACCAAAAUAGGAAUGCAUUACCGGUUGUUUGAACUUGUAACAGAAUUAUCAAAAUGAUAUAUUGGUGCCAUACUUGAUCAAUUUUCAUUUUUUUAAUGCAUCAAGGUGUAAUUUUUACAUCCUGUUCAGACCACAUUAAUUUUGUCAAUUCAAUAGAACUGAAGUUUACUAUAUUUUUGUAUUUAUUUGUAUAUAUUUAAUCAGUGUCAAAAUAAAGAUUAUUUCUGUAUUUCAAAAAUUGCAAUAUUACAUUUGACACCAUGUUUUGUUAAAAUA